CGUGUUAUGUGUAGAAAAGUGUAAGUGAUCCAGGUCAAUCUGUUAUUUCCCGCGCCGGUGGAGCAGGUUGUUUAAUGAUACAUAGAUCCGUGCCUGUCGCACAGUUCCUUCACCCGUGCGGACCUGGUGGCUAUCGUACUAACAUAAGAAAGGGUCAACGUGCCUCCAGGAGUCCACGCGCCAUGGUUUUGAUUAUCGUUUAUUUUUGCCUGCAUGUGUGCCCCUACCCCUAGUAGUAAGUGCAACUAGAAGUAGUAGUGCCUGUUCCGGCUGCCAUUCUCCAUCGUAUUCAAAGAGGAUCAUACUCUUCUAGAUACACCCCCGCGCCCGACCAACUUUUUCCACGUAAAAAAGAACCACCAUGCGCAUCAUCAUCCAGUACGCCAAGCGGAAGCUGGAGCCCUUGGUCGAUCCGGAGACCGCGACAAUCCUUACCCUGAAAGAGUUCGUGGCGGCGAACGAGGGCCCGGCCGUUGCCGACCAGAAAAUGAUCGCCAAGGGCAAGGAGCGCUCGGACGACACGCUGCUCCGGGAAAUCCCACUUACCGAUGGAGGGAAAGUGAUGGUCAAGGCUACUUUGAGACCAGCGGUCGCCGCGAUGAUAAUGAAGCAAGGCGCGCGAGCGGCCCGGGAGGAGGAGGUGGACGAGGAAUUUGGACAGCCGGACGCGAAGCGGGCGUCAAAGAGCCCGGGAGGUGGCCCUUGCCGGGAAGAAGACAAUGGGGACAUCACCGCUCCGCGGGACACCGACACGGUCUUAUUGGUUAAUAACGCAGGUGAAGAUCGGAAUGCUGCUGAGAACAAUGUUCUGCAGCAGGAAAUAGAUGCGCAGCUUGCACCAGGAGCACCAGCCGCUCCGGCAGUAGAUCAAGAAAGCCACGAUCUCCGUCCCCAGCUCGAAACGCUGCUCACAGUCAAGAUCAAACAGGGCCGGAAUACGCACACCAUCACCGUGAAGGGGCCUGCUGCACCACCACCAGCAGGAGGACUAUCACCUUCAAACCCGCCACCCAAAGUCUCUACUUCACGACCUGUGGUUAUUUCCUGGCAGCAGCUCGCGGACCACCUUCACGCCUACUGCAUCCCGGACAUAGCCGCCGAGAGCUACCGGUUUGUCGCAAAGGGGAAGGAAAUCCAGGCCGGCUACUGCGAAGACACAGACAAGGCCUGGGGGAUGGAAAGCAACGUGUUUGACUUCUACGCCCGCAUGACCCAACAUCACAAGCAGGGUUCGGCGGUGGUCCCGUUGCAGGUGAUGCUUUUGUUCAAAGAAGGACACUAUAUCGCGAAGGACAACCAAAAGUGGGUGGAAGAAAGGAUUGCGGAGUUGGACAAGCUGGCGGACAGGAUAGUUAUUUUGGAAAAACGCGUGUCCCAUCGGAUGACGAGCGAAGACACUUUUCUCGAGAUUUACCGGGCGGAGGCUUUGGUAGUGGCCAUCAAGUCCGCGGCGGCGGCGGUGGGCGUUAAGAAAGAGCUGCUUGCGAAGAAGAAGGACUUUCAGGAGCAAGUGGACAUCUUGGACGAAAAAUUGAAGAAGUUGAGGAAAAAUUUGCCUUGAAGGCCGCGGGUGUAAGAAAAAGAAUCAUAAACGAGAUCAAAGCUUGUGAUCGGAAUUUGAAGAAAAUACAAACGUCAAGCACUGUGC